AUGCCUCAAAUUCACCUCCAGUUACAUGAUGAGUGGCUUCGCAGUAACAUCAAGGGUCUCUCCCUACUUAUACGGCAGUUACUACCAGAUGAAUUCCAACAAUCUAUUAUGAAGUACAUCACAAUUUUAACGGGAUCUGUUAUCAUAAAAUAUACAGUUCUCGAUUCUACAGCUGAUAGCCUAUUAGAGUUUGUCGAUGAAGGAAAAAUAGAAUUUAUGCGUCUCGUUGGAGUCUUUGGUUUCUUCAUCAAUGAUAAAAAAGUCAUUAAAGAAAAUGAAAAUACAAAUUUUACUUUUGAGCAUGCUCUGAUUAAUGCAGUCAAAGCUGAGCAAGUUGAAGCUGUUCAGUUUCUUCUUGAUUUAGAAAUAACUAAUAUUAAUUAUCGUUAUGAAGAUGGGAAUACUGCUAUAAUGGUGGCUUGUGAGCUUGGGAACAUUAACAUAGUGCAUAGUCUAGUAUCUGCUGGGGCUAAUGUUGACCUUCAAAAUAAUGAUGGAUGGACUGCUUUGAUGAAAGCAAGUCAAAAUAAUCAUAGCACAGUCAUUCAUGUGAUACUUGAUGAAGCAAAUUCUAAUCCCCAUCUACAAAAUCGAUUAGGCUCUAAUGCUUAA